AUGGAGGCGUCCUCUCCGUUGGCGGCUCUGCACCGCCCCCUCAUGCCUGCGCCGGCUUGGGGCGGCAGAGACAUCCUCCGUUCUGGACCACACUCGCACUACUCGAGCCAUUCUGGGGCCUUUAGCCUCCGUGAGCAGCUGCACAAGAGCGGUUCUGACUACUUCAACGUCAAGGAUGUCCGCGGCUCCUCGCCUGCUGCUAGCCUGGCUGCGGACCUCUCCCAGAACUUCCGCCUCGACAGUGACGCCAGCCCUCAGUUCCCGACUCCCCGACGCGCGCUAUUUACUGCCAACAUGAUGAGCGGCAUGGAGAGCAGGCACUUCGUCACGACCCCUCCUCUCCCCUCGUCGUCGCCGGGUCCGACGACGGAGCUCAUGGAGGUGUCUCCCCUGCCGCACAAGACGCCCUUCUGCACGCAGGUUGAGAUUACAUCUCCGACGCCCAUUUCGACACCUACUGUCGACGACGACCAUGACGACGACAUGGUGCUGGAUUCCCCGGCCCCAAUCACGCGCCAGGGCUCGUUGGAGCCGUCUAAACCAAUCGUGGCUGACCGCAAGAUAGCUGCUCCCCGUCGACCCUCUCUGAGUCGUAUGAAGGGCCUCACCACCACUGCCGUCCCCAGCAGAGCCCAGGCCGAGCCUCAAUUGCCUGCCUUUCGCUUCGGAGCCGACUGUGGCCUGAGCCACUCGAGCUCGAAUCUCUCGCUCGGCGAAUGCUUCGAGUCGGCGUCUCCGCCGCGGGAGCAGUCAGCUAAUAGCCCCCCGUCUUCCGCCACCAUGGCCUCUCGCCCCAGACCACUGUUCGUCGGCCUGGCGGGAUCCGGCAGCCAACGUCAUGGGUCGCCUUUGAACUGCCACUCUAGGCGACAGUCGAACCCGUUUUUGAGGAACCGAAAGCAGUUUCGACGCUCGCUGAGCAUGUUCGAGCACCCCGCUGAUAUCAUGAAGCCGAAGCCCGACAGUGAAGAAGCCAACACCUCUUCGCUCAAGUCCGUCAUGGACAUUGAGGAGAUCCACGAACUGCUCCUUCCCCAUUUCCUGCCCGAAGAUCCUACAGACAUCAUCCCUCGCAUUAGCAAGGAGACGCUCCUGGACGUGUUGGACGGGAAAUACACCGAGCAGUUCGAUCAAAAGGUGGUCAUUGACUGCCGCUUCGAGUACGAGUACGACGGGGGCCACAUUGAAGGGGCAGUCAACCACAACGACAAGGAGCUGCUGGCCUCCCAGCUCUUCCAAACGCCAAUGGCCGGGAGAACCUUGCUCGUCUUCCACUGCGAGUACUCUGCCCACCGGGCGCCGCUCAUGGCCCGCCAUAUCCGGUCCGAGGAUCGUACUGUCAACGCCGAACACUACCCUCGCCUGACGUAUCCCGAGGUCUACAUCCUGGACGGCGGAUACAGCGGUUUCUUCGCCGAGCACCGCGGCAGGUGUUUCCCCCCGGAAUACGUUGAGAUGUCGGACGAGAAGCAUCAGCGCACGUGCGAGCGCGAAAUGGGACGAUUAAAGGCCCGAAAAGGCCUCGGUCGCGCGCAAUCUUUUGCCUUUGGCCAGAGAGAGUCCAAAGCCGUUCUGGCGUCUCGUCGCGACCCCAGAGCCGAUGUUCGUCGCUCAACAACACCAAAAGAACGCCUCUUUCCGUGCGAGAUGCGGCCAUCCGUUACAAUGUGA